AAUUCGGCAGCUGACGCCAUAGCCCGACGCUCCUUUGACCUGGACGCUCCGACCGCAGGAGCUGGAAUACGCUGCCGGAAGCUAGUGAAGCUUAAGAUGGCCGGACAGCAAAGCCGUACGCUUUUCAAACCUUGCAUCGAUCUGCAUGGUGGGCAUGUCAAGCAGAUUGUCGGCGGGACGCUCUCGGACGCGCCCGAGUCACUCAAGACAAACUUCGUCGCCACAAAGCCUACCGCGUACUAUGCGGAGCUCUACAAGGAGCACGGACUGGAGGGUGGCCAUGUCAUCAUGCUCGGAAAGGGAAACAACGAUGCGGCAAAGGAGGCGUUGGCUGCUUGGCCAGGUGGGCUCCAGGUCGGUGGUGGUAUUACCGAUCAGAACUGCCAGGCGUGGAUAGGAGCUGGUGCUAGCAAGGUCAUUGUGACUUCCUUUCUAUUUCCGGAGGGAAAGUUCUCCCUGGAGAGGUUAGAGAAAAUCUCUAGUCUUGUUGGAAAGGACAGUCUGGUUGUAGACGUAAGCUGCCGGCGGAAGGAUAGUCGCUGGUUUGUCGCUAUGGACAAAUGGCAGCGGAUUACAGAAAUGGAGGUUUGCAAGGAGUCGCUUGACACGCUCGCAAAGUACUGCAGCGAGUUUCUGAUCCACGCCGCAGAUGUGGAAGGGCUCUGCCAAGGCAUCGACGAGGACCUUGUUAAAAAGCUGGGCGAGUGGGUGACGAUUCCCACAACUUACGCUGGCGGGGCAAGAUCCAUAUCAGACUUGGACCUGGUCGACAACCUUUCCGGAGGCAAAGUCGACUUGACGUACGGCAGUUCGCUCGAUAUCUUCGGUGGAAGCCUCGUGAAUUUCGACGAGCUGGUAUUGUAUAAUACAGUGGCUCAGAAAGCAAUGCAGCAAUGAAUCUUUCGUAUUCAUAGUCUCGAAUUAGUCUAUGUAAGCGUGCGAGGGGUGAUGUGUAUAGGUAGGGGGUAUUGCUAGAUUACGCAGACUUGAUGUGCCUGUUCGUCAUCUGAUAGUCUACAUGACUGUCCAUCGCCGCGACACCUCUCACACUUCCGAGCACAUUCUGCUCCAACCACGGCACCAGCGUGUUUGCCGCCCAUGGCGGGUUCUCAUCCAGGCGCGCCUGCACUUCCUUCUGCAACGUUUUCCACCGCUCCUCUUCCUCCUCCGAUACCACAUAGCUGUCUCUUUCGCCGGCGGCUCCUGCUACCGCCUUCUUGUUGUGCUCUAGCACGGAGGAAACGAGCUCGAUGGUGCUCAGCGCGUACUGCACACGGAAGUGGUUGGACUCGAAUAUGCGCUCCUUGCUACGGAUGUCGAAUUUGUCUCCCGGCUUCGCAUCGGCCCGCAGCUCCCAGAGUACUCCGAUGCGCUCGACCAUGCGCAGGCACUGUCGCAUAUUCGCGGGUUCGCGGGAGACGAGAGCGGUGCGCACGAGAAACGACAUCACCGGCGCAUCGGGCCAGAGCGUGCGUCCGGGUCUGGCCACUCCCGCCUCUUUGUUGUCAAGGAAGUUGUCCGCGUCGAGGCGCGUCAUAAGCUCGAAGAGCCGCACGGCGGUUGGCCAGUCGCCGCCACGCCAGCAUGUAGCGAAUGCGGCCCGGUAGGUGUGGAGCGUCGGCCAAAUCUGACGGGCCUUGGUCUUGUUGAGGACGGCCUCGCGAAGCAUAAGCACGACGAUCCCGAGCGCUUGUGAUGGCUCGGUCAGCGAACCUAGCGAUGCACGCCCGGCGAGCGCACGCAAUGCGGUGUCACAGUGCCUGUGGUCGACGACAUGAGGCUCCUUCUCCAACACCUGUAGCAAGUAGUGUAUGCAGAGCGAAUGUUUCCGACAUGUCAUGCAUAGCUGCAGCACGCUCUCGAGUAAGAAGGCAUUCAGAGGUACCUUGGGCUUUACUGGGGGGUCUCCAGGCGGCACAAGGCCCACGUACUCGCGGAUGAUCUCGAACGCGAAUAACUGAUCGCCGGGACGUCCAGAGAUAAGAAUAAACAAGAGACUCCGGACAAUGUGGGAGUCGAUCUUGUACCCGUGCGUGUCGAAAUUCUUGAGCAUCUGACGCCAGAUGAGUUUCGCAUCCGACGCAUUCUGGUGGGCUACGUCGCCUUCCAUGCCUGGAGGGAGAAUCUUCCUAUAGCUCAAUGCUGUGAAGAUGGCACUGUAGACAAAAGGGCUUAGGGCUGUAGGAUUUUCAAUGUUCAUGAUGUUGUACAGCUCGAAGAGCCGUUGUUGAAGUCCGGCCCUGCCGAGGAUAACGAAGUAGUGGGUGAUGGGUGCAGUGGUGUAUUCGGGUCGGAUUUGUUUCUGAUCCUUAAUGGUCUUAGCACACGCCAAGAAGCUGUCGAAUGCUUUGUGUACAUUCUCAAGUUGUAGCGUGUAGUGCGGCCAAUCCGCUCCGUCGAUCUGAGCAUAGCCCUUCAGCAGUGUCGCAUACGUGAUGAAGUCGGGUACGAAUCCUCGUCGCUUCAUCUGAGGGGUGAUCAGACC